UUAAGAUUUCUGCUAGUUAGCUGGCUAGCUAGCGAGAUUGUUUUGUCGUUUCGACUUGGCUGGAAGUCGUGAAGUACUGUUUGUGUAUAAAUAAAUGACAGAUAUUACACAUUUAAGCGUAUCGUUAUCAAGCCAUUUUGUCUCGGAUGUCAGUGGCACCGUCUCGAUGGACACGCAUAUUAUCACACCCGGUCCAUACAGAGCCACUAAACUGUGGAAUGAAGUGACUAAACUUUUCCGAGCGGGAAUGCCUCUGAAAAAACAUCGGCAGCACUUCAAGGUUUACACGAAUUGCUUUACCGCAACUGCAGCCGUUGACUGGUUGCACGAACUUCUGAGGAGCAACAGCAAUUUUGGGCCAGAAGUCACUAGGCAACAGACUGUUCAGCUGAUGAAGAAAUUUUUAAAAAAUCAUGUUAUUGAGGAUGUAAAAGGACGAUGGGGUUUGGAACAUCUGGAAGACAACAGUGUUCUGUACAGGUUUCCAUCUACAUCCCCACUGAAGCCAGUUCCUGUUUGUCCUCAAAGUAUAAGGGGAAAGAGUGUGAUUUUAAAGGAAAAAGAAGGUUUCUUCAAGUUAAGAGGUUCAAAGAAAUUUGCUCAAGAAAUCCAAGAAAAUAUAGCUCCACCAGCAGAAGAUGCACCCACUGGCACACCAUCAGAUGAGACUGUGGACUAUAGAGAUAUCACAGAGGAAGACAUUCAGGACAUCUGGAAGACUGUAACAUUAACACAUUUACAGAAGAUGUUGGGUUUGCCCUCCUUGGAUGAUAUUUUGAAUCCAGCACAAGUCUGUCCUCACUUCAUUAUUUAUAACAUGACCAAAGUCAACAAGCAUGGAGUUGUUGCUCUAGAAGAUAGAAUGGAUGAUCUGCCCCAUUGGGUUUUGUCUGCUAUGAAAUGUCUUGCAAACUGGCCAAAGUUUGAUUCAACCCAGCCGUCUUAUCCAGGCUUUGAGAGAGACGUCUUCAGAACGGUCUCUGACUACUUCUGCAGUCUCCCUCAGCCGCUUCUUACCUUUCAGUACUACGAGUUGUUUGUUAACAUCCUGGCCUUGCUGCAGCCGGCGUUGGAGCGCCUAGCCAUCGAAGCCCUACAGCUCUGCACCCUGCUCCUCCCACCCGCCUCUCGCCGCAAGCUGCAGCUGCUCCUGCGCAUGGUCUCGCGCAUGAGCCAGAACGUGGACAUGCCACAGCUGCACGACGUCAUUAGCACCCGCACGCUGUUGGUGCAAACAUUUUCUCGCUGUGUAUUGAGCUGCGAGGAGGAUAUGGAUCUGGAUGAGCUAUUGGCCACCAGGUUGCUGUCCUUCCUCAUGGACCAUCAUCAGGAGGUCAUGCAAGUGCCUUUGUACCUGCGUAAUGCUGUUGAGGACCAUAUUGCUUACCUCAGAUCACAGGUGAGACACCCUGGUGUGGGUUCCGGCGUCACAGUGCCAACCUACUCAUUCUGCAGGCAGAUCAGCAUGCAGGAGUUUGAGGAGCAGAAGUUGUCCUUGUCUCAGGCGGCCGUCUCCGACCUUCUGGAAAGCCUCAUCAAGGACAAAGCCAUGUUGGCCAAGGAGAAGAAAAAGAAGCUCAAACUGUUUCAGAAGGAGUAUCCUGAUAUCUACUCUCGCCGCUUCCCCACCACGGAGAGUGAGGCGCAACUUUUUACAAAUAAACCAAAGAUCAAACCGCCAAUGUUGAUUGGCAUGAAGAAGACUAGAGCAUUCAGUAUUCGAAACUGAAAACCUCAGAGUGCGUGCAUGUGUGUACCGUUGUACAUACAGAAUGUCCUAUUUGUUUUGUGAAAAACACUUUAUAGCUAAAUGAGGUGUUUUUGUACAUGCAGUUCAGGGAUUUGUCAUUGAUUUGAUUUCCCCCCCCAGUGGUCUUUACUCUGUCCUGGAUACCCUCUAUGUGGAUUCAGGUGUGUUAGAGUAGAGCCUGUGCAGUGCAUGGGAUUUCCAGGAUUGGGAGAACAAAUGAUUUAGAGUAUAGCCUGGGAUUAAGUGUUUGAGUGUCAUGCCAGCUACUUCAGUUAUGGGUGUAGAAUAUUAGUGUUUUAAUACAUUUGACUUUUCAUGUCUUCUAAUGUCUCUCUUCAUUUAAUUACUAUUUAUUUCAAACGCAUUCAUUGUUGGGAGACUCGGACAACAGCCUGGGGUCAGUCUUUUCCAAAAUUGUAUUGAAGGUCAUUUUGAACUUUUGGUUUUUUAAAUAGAAUUAACUCUGUGAUGCUUUUGGGAGACUGAGUCCUGUGUACAAACAACUACUUGGAACGUCAGGCAAGUGAAACUCACAUUAAAUGUUUACAAUAAGAUUAACCCAAUUUGUUUAACCGAAGCAAGGCUGUAAGUGAAAUGAAGGUAUGUCUUGUUUAUUGUUAGUAUAGUGUAUUGUGUAGUUGUUUCAGGUUUGCUUUAUUUAUUCUUUUUCAUCUUAUAAUUUUUUUUGUUUCUGCAAGUACAUUUUUACCCCUAUAUUUUAACUUUUAAGUGUUUCAUUUUAAGUGUUCUUAAAUGCCAUGCAUAAUAUCUGGCAGGUUAAUUUCUGGGCUGUGUUUCUUUUAUUAAGGACGUGAUUCAGUCUGAAUUGGCAUGCUAUAAUUCUGUUAUGUGAUCAUGUUUAACUGACAUAUUUUGGAGGGUUAUUUCAUGACCGUGGGAUUUGUUAGCCUGCUUGUAAAUUAAGCCUGUCCAGCAGAAGUAAAGGCAAGGGACUGGACACCUCAGACCUUCGGUCUUUUUAUCCCUCUAUGGGAUGGAAGUGAUUUUGCACUGUUUAUCUCACUUAUUAAGCGAGGUGUUACCACAACAGUUGAUGCAUCUUGACAAUCUAAUGUUUUUAACAGACCUGCAUAUAAUUUUAUAUAUGACUUUUUUUGUUUUUCCCGUUACUGUACUCUUUGGUCAGGCAUCCCAAAAAUCAUAGGCUUUAACUGCCGUGUGUGUGUGUGUGUGUGUGUGUGUGUGUGUGUGUGUGUGGGUGGGUCUGCGUAUGUGUGUGUGCGUGGGUGGCAGUUCAAGUUCUAUAAUUUAGUUGAGAACAUGUAUUGAAUAAGUAUUUACAAUACAAUGUUAAUUCUGUCAGAAUAUAUACUGAUUUGGUGUGGAAUUUCUGCUUAAUUUGUGCUAU